AUGAGGAAAUCAAAAGUAUCUAGCAUUAAAGGCAGGUUUGUCAACAGAACCAGCCACUGGGGGUUAACGGGCCGGAAACUGCGGUUCUUCAUUACUAUCGCGUCUAUGACGGGGUUCUCACUGUUUGGAUAUGAUCAAGGGUUAAUGGCAAGUCUGAUUACUGGCAAGCAGUUCAAUUAUGAAUUUCCAGCUACGAAAGAAAAUGGCGAACAUGACAGACACGCAACUGUGGUACAGGGUGCUACCACUUCUUGUUAUGAAUUAGGCUGUUUCGCAGGCUCGUUAUUCGUCAUGUUCUAUGGCGAAAAGAUAGGAAGGAAACCAUUGAUCCUGAUGGGUUCUAUAAUAACUAUUAUUGGCGCUACUAUCUCUACAUGUGCAUUCCGUGAUUAUUGGGCAUUGGGUCAGUUUAUCAUCGGGAGAGUCGUCACAGGUGUUGGCACGGGUCUUAAUACUUCGACCAUUCCUGUUUGGCAGUCCGAAAUGUCCAAGGCAGAGAAUAGGGGUUUACUGGUCAAUUUGGAAGGCUCUACAAUUGCUUUUGGUACCAUGAUUGCCUACUGGAUUGAUUUUGGUUUUUCUUACAUUGAUAGCUCGGUUCAAUGGAGAUUCCCCGUAUCAAUGCAAAUUGUUUUUGCCCUCUUCCUGCUUGCUUUCAUGAUUAAUUUACCUGAGUCCCCACGUUGGCUGAUUUCUCAAAGUCGAACUGAAGAAGCCCGUUACUUGGUAGGAAAGCUAGAUGAUGUGGAUCCAACCGAUGAAGAGGUGGUUACAGAAGUAGCUAUGCUUCACGAUGCUGUCAACAGGACUAAACACGAGAAAAAUUCCAUAUCAAGUCUAUUCUCCAGAGGUAAAUCUCAAAAUCUACAGAGAGCUUUAAUCGCAGCUUCGACGCAAUUUUUCCAGCAAUUCACUGGCUGUAAUGCCGCUAUCUAUUAUUCUACUGUGUUAUUCAACAAAACGAUAAAACUAGAUUAUAGACUAUCAAUGAUAAUUGGUGGGGUAUUUGCAACAAUCUACGCCUUAUCUACUAUUGGAUCGUUCUUUUUGAUUGAAAAACUGGGUAGACGAAAACUUUUUCUUUUGGGCGCUACAGGCCAAGCGGUUUCAUUCACAAUUACAUUCGCAUGUCUGGUAAAUGAGAAUAAAGCUAAUGCAAGAGGUGCUGCCGUUGGUUUGUUUUUAUUCAUCACAUUCUUUGGCUUGUCUUUGCUGUCAUUACCAUGGAUAUAUCCACCAGAAAUUGCAUCAAUGAAAGUUCGUGCCACUACAAACGCUUUCUCCACAUGCACUAAUUGGUUGUGCAACUUUGCAGUCGUCAUGUUCACUCCAAUUUUUAUUGGGCAAUCAGGAUGGGGCUGUUACUUAUUUUUUGCCGUUAUGAAUUACCUGUACAUUCCAAUUAUCUUCUUCUUUUACCCUGAAACCGCUGGUAGAAGCCUGGAGGAAAUUGAUAUCAUCUUUGCUAAAGCUUACGAGGAUGGUACUCAACCUUGGAGAGUUGCCAACCAUUUGCCCAAGUUAUCGUUACAAGAGGUCGACGAGCACGCUAAUGCUUUGGGCUCCUACAACGAUGAUUUGCAAAAGGAGGAUUUUGCUGAAGAUAGGGUGGAAGACACUUAUAACAAAAUUAAUGGUGAGGAUUCAUCCAGUUCAAAUAUUAAAAUUGACGAGACAAUAAACGAGAAACCAAAUUCCGAAAACUAG